GCGAAGGAAGCCGAAGGUUGGCUUACUCUAGACCUAAACAAAGUAGGCAGACGGAUCACCCUCACCGGGACGUGUCUACAUCCAGGAGCGAUGGAACAGCGGAACGAAACCGCGACGAAAGCGGAAGUGUUGCCGUCAGACGUCUUCAAGGUGAUUGUAGGUGCACCGCCCCGGCCGGAGACCCCCCGCAUCAAGGAGGAGGACGCGACAGAGGUCCGGGUGGCGGCAGGGGGCGAAGACGACGCUCCAGGCGAGGCUGAUGGAGACCGCCGUGGAGGAGCACAGGCAGCCCGCGACACGUCCACCACAUGCUCGCAGUGCGGAAAGACCUUUUACUCCAAGUCCAACCUGAACUUGCACAAGAAGAUCCACACGGGAGAGAAGCCGUUCGGCUGCUCGCUGUGCGGGAAGAGGUUCUCCCGGAAAGAGAACAUGAGCCGACACGUGAGCACUCACAGCGGCCUGAAACCUUUCAGCUGCUCCGUGUGCGGCUCCUCCUUCACUCAGCACGACAGCCUGCUGCGACACGUGGCCACGCACGAGCGCGCCAAAUCCUUUGCGUGCUCCGUGUGCGCCAAGGCCUUCUACGACCAGUACCACCUCAGGCGCCACAUGGAGGUGCACAGCCAGGAGAAACCUUUCAGCUGCUCGCUAUGCACCAGGACCUUCCGGCACCGCUCGGCUGUGGACGCGCACUUGCGCACGCACACGGGAGAAAAACCUUUCAGCUGCUCGAGCUGCGAGGCCAGCUUCACGCGCCACCCGGCGCUGCUGCAGCACAUGAAGAAGCACUCCGGCAUCAAGCCCUUCGCCUGCCCGGUGUGCCAGUGCCGCUUCACGCUGCGCCACACGCUGGAGCAGCACGUGAGGACGCACACGCAGGAGAAACCCUUCGACUGCUCCCUCUGCGGGAAGAGCUUCUCUCGAAAGGGCGGCCUCAGCACGCACAUGGUGACCCACACGGGGGAGAAGCCGUUUCACUGCAGCGUCUGCAACAGGGCCUUCUCCUGGAGCUCGCAGCUGAAGAGACACAAGUGUGCCGGCCACAUGCCUGCUGUCCUUACGCUGACGCAUGUGCCGGCGCAGGAGCUGGCGGUCAGCACAAAGUAGAAGAAGAACUUCUGCUUGGAAUCACCACUUUUACUUUUAAGGGGUCUCACGGACAAGUUGGAAAGAGCUGGAAAAUCAAAUGCAACGUUCUUCAUUGUCCACAGCAACUUUCCAGGUGGAAGAAGAUGAGAAGAGAUGCCGAUUAGAAGUUGGGCUUGUGCUUCUUGACCUCCACCAUGAGAUGGUGCAGGUUGAUGAGCUCGGAGCGGACCGGCAGGCUCCGGAAGGUGGGCUGGUUGAGGAUCUUAUGGAAGCCGUGGUAGUACUGGAUGAGCUGGGUGAGGGCGCCCUGCAGGCGGGAAGAGGAGGAGUCACCAUGUGUGUCGGAACCAGGAAGGUGAUGGAUUCCCCGCAACCUCACCUGGAUGAUGCUGGUACCGUUCUUGAAGUUGGUGAAGGACCGCAUGACGUCCUGACUCAUGGCCUCCACUGACUGUUUCCACGAGCUGGAGAAUCCUCGGACCAGCUGACAGAUCCGAGCUGAAGCACAAAAACACGGAGCAGGUUUUUCCCUUCAGUGAGGAGGUUUCUUCCUGGCGUGGCUACAUGGUCACUAAUGCACAGCCUGGGCUAUAAAAUCCUGAUGAAAAUGUCUUGCAUUACUGUGUGAUAGACCAGUGCUUCUUCUGGAACGUUGAUUAGAAAUACUAGCGGAAGUGAUCAUAUUUAUUCAUUGAUCUGUACUGUACAGACGAGGGUUGGUGAUAUGGGCCUUAGCAUACAUCACCAUGUGACCAAUGGUAAAGCACAAGCAUUUAUUGGUAAGUGGCUAACUGUUGCUACUACAUCUCCAACCAACCAUGCCAUUCCAUCUGCAUAUGGAAAUGGUUUCGUCACACGCUCUUAUUUUGAAGAAUGGUCAAGGAAGUGUCCUGUGUGUGGAGAAUGUGUAUUCACGGCUAAGAUGAGCUACGUAAAAAAAUAAACAUGCUUUUCAUAUUUUUUUACAGAGGACUUCCACGUGGUCACAGGGCAGUGUAAAACCUUCCUUACGUUAUAGCCCGAAAUCACAAGCCGGUGGAAAUAUACUCAUCCACGCUAACCCUGCUAGCUUCCAUUCACGCUCUGGGAGAGGAGAUUCAGCUGUGGGGUGGGGGUUGUUCUGUGUUUAGAAUGAUCUGGUGCCACAACUGAGUAAAUACUUCCUCACACCAAUGCAAUUCAUUCAUCUUAUAUAUGCGCCACGGCACACGGUCAUCAAGCCAUUUUCUUAUGAUGGAGGAAUCUAAAGCGCUCUAGAAAAGAUGUCACCCAACCCUGGGACACACUGAAGGUGGAAGCAGGGAAGAGCAUACGAGCAGGAGUCAACAUGUGUACAUGUUGGCAGGGCGGCAUUGAACUGACCCCCCCCCCAAAUAUUUGAGAAGCACUGGUGUAAGUGGACCAAAAUGGACGUUGUCACCUUCCUCGUUCUUCAGUCGCUCCAGCUGCCCUUUCUCCACCAGUGCCUCGGCCUCCUUCACAAAGGAGAUCAUCCCUCCGAAGGGCGGUGACAAGAUCUCCUCAAUAAACUCCUGUGGGGAGGGGGUUGUAUUGUUGUUGUAUUAUCCUGCCAGUAUUUCACAAUGGAAGCUGCCAACGCACACAGGAAGUUCUCACCUGCGUCCUGGCCAGCAGCAGCUGCUGGAAACCUUCCACCUCUUUGCUGUCAUCCGCUGCCCUCUCCUGCACAAACACAGCCAUCAACUUCCUGCGCUUCAAGGGAACGUAGCGACUACCAACAUCAGAACGCCAGCGGCAGCUAGCAUAUCUUACAUAAUGACCAACUGCAAACCUAACAAGUGCGUGUCACGUGAGUAUAAGGAGAGCAGGAAGGGAGCGGGACACAAUGCUGGCAGGACGUUGGCAUCCUCCCUCCCUUUGAAGAUGGACAGUGUUUGUGGGCGGGGCUUACCAUGAGGACGCUGAGCAUCAUGUCGUAGUUGUUGAUGAGGAAGAUGAGUUGGUCUCUCCGGGACGGAAACUCUGCCGCCAUCUUCAGCACAAAGUUUUCCACCUCCACCUGAAAGGUCACCAAGAAGCGAUGGCUGGACCAAUCACACGCUUGUGCUCAAGCAGAAUAUAAACGACCGGUAGCCUCUGCGCCUCCAUCAUCAUCAUCAUCAUCUGGUUCUACUCUCA